CACGUGCUCCUCGAAUUCGAGAACCGACGCCCCCGAGACCCCUAUUCUUGGAAUCCGGAUCGUGCCGAGUUCCUGCUGUGCCACUCAGUCACCCACCUAUUCAACUCUGCUCCCCUCUUCCGCACCACUACCCAGACACACGCGCGCAGCAGCAGCAGCCAUGUCUGGUCUCGACGCCCCCGAUAUCGUGGCCGCAUACGAUGAUGUGCGCAACGACAAGAAGGACACCAACUGGAUGCUCCUGUCGUACGCGGCGCCGGUGGGCAACAAGCUGACGCUGACGCAGACGGGCAGCGGCGGGCUCGAGGAGCUGGUGCAGGCGCUGGACGACGGGCAGGUGCAGUACGGCUACGUGCGCAUCGAGUACGCAAACGACAAGGAGAGCACGCGCGUCAAGUUCGUGCUGGUCGUGUGGAUCGGCAAGAACACAAAGGUGAUGCGCAAGGCGCGCGUCAGCGUUGAGAGCGGCGACGUCAAGAAGGCGCUGCAGCACCACCAUUUGGCGAUUACGGCAGAGGAGCGGUCAGAGCUGAGGGAGGAUGACCUUGUGAAGCUGUUGCGGAAGUCUGGCGGCGCCGAUUACAAUGGGGGACGCGGUUGAUCGGGAGGGGGGGUUCAAAAGUGAUGCGCCAUAGAAAUCGGAAAGGUGGGGAGAGGGGGAAGAGGAGAGGGAAUGAAUAGAUGAAUAUAGAUUGCGAGGCUAAGGCCAAAAGCUGGAUAUCGA